AUGAAAAAACAAUCAACACUUGAUGGAUUUUUAAAAAGAAAACAUGAAAGUUCUUCUCAAGUACCAGUAGAGCCACCCCCAACUGUUAUAGAUGCAAAUACUCCUAAUGAUAGUGUUCCCAUGACCGAUAAUCCAUCCAAAAAACCUUUUCAUGAAAUGAAUGAUGUUGAUCUUAAUACACUAGAACGAGAUCCUAGUUUGCGUAUUCAAAUUUAUGAUUAUCCAGUCAAUCAACAAGAUAUAAUUCGACGAGCUUAUAUCAAUCGUGGUCCCUUUCAACCAAUACUUUCUACAUAUCCAAAAUCCGGACCGGAAGACCACAAACGUAGCUUUCAAUGUUCUUGGUUCAAGCAAUUCCCAUGGCUUGAAUAUUCACAAAGUUCAAAUGCUGCAAAGGGCAUUUACUAUAGAUGGAUUUCAAAAUUGGAAGAAAGUAGGUGGGAAAAAUGUGCUUUUUUGCAACAUAUAGGAACAGAGUGUACAUCUUUUCACAAUGUUGCACAAAAAUCAUAUGAUGAUUUGUUAAAUGAGGCUCAAGAUAUACAAAAUAAGAUUGAGAAAUUUACAGAUGAAGAUCGUAAGAAGAAUAGAUUGAGAUUGAAGACUAUUAUUUAUGCAGUUCGUUGGUGUGCUUUUCAAGCAAUUGCAUUUAGAGGUCAUAAUGAAAGACCAGAUUCCAUUAACAAAGGAAAUUUCCUUGAAAUGUUGGAGGCAAUAUGUUCUUUUAACAAUGAGAUGAAAGAAUUGUUUCGCACUGCGCCUAAACAUGCAUCAUAUACAUCACGAACAAUUCAAAAAGAGAUUUUAAACCUUAUUGCUAAUAGGGUGAGACGAAUGAUUUGUGAUGAAAUUGAUGGUGGAAAAUUUUGUUUACUUGUUGAUGAAGCACGUGACAAGUCUAACAGAGAACAAAUGUCUAUUGUUUUGAGAUUCUCGAUUCGUGGUCAAGGGUAUGAUGGUGCAAGCAAUAUGCGAGGUCAUUUCAAAAGGUUGCAAGCAUUGAUUUCGAAGGAUUGUUCGUCUGCAUAUUAUGUUCAUUGCUUUGCUCAUCGAUUGCAAUUAGCAUUAAUGGCCGCUUCACAAGGAGUUAUUGCAUUGCAAAAGUUUUUUACUCAAUUAUCUUUUGUUAUCAAUGUCGUUGGUGCUUCUUCCAAACGUGCUGACCAACUAAGAGAUGCACAAGCAGAGCAAAUGGCAUAUUUUAAAUCUAUUAGUGAGUUGGAGACUGGUAGAGGCCUCAAUCAGAUUGGUACAUUACAACGGGCUGGAGAUACCAGAUGGGGUUCUCAUUUGAAAUCAGUUUCAAGCUUAAUCAAAAUGUUUAGUCCAAUUUGUGAGGUUUUACUUAAAAUUAUUGAGGAUGGCACUGGUUCGAUUAGAGGAGAUGCAGAUUCAACAUAUGAGACUAUUACAACAUUUGAUUUCAUUUUUGUUCUACAUCUAGAGAAAGAAAUAAUGGAGAUCACAUAUUUACUCUGCCAAGCUUUACAAAAACAAUCUCAAGAUAUAUUGAAUGCAUUGAGGCUAGUUGCAUUCACCGAAUUGUUAUUACAAAAAAUAAAAGAUGAAAUAUGGGAUAGUUUUCUAUCUCAUGUUAAGUCAUUUUGUCUGGAACGCAACAUCGAUAUCCCUAAUUUGUCUUCUUCUUACUUUAGUAGAGGGGCUCGAGCUCGUAAUGAGCGUAGCGAUCAUACACUUGAACAUCAUUAUCGAGUGGAUAUUUUCAUCGAAGCAAUUAACUGUCAGUUAAUGGAAUUAGAUCAUUGGUUCAAUGAUAGCUCGAUGGAAUUACUCCAUCUUUCAUCAACUUUAGAUCCUAAAAAUUCUAAUGAGCCUUUUCGAAGUGGUGAUAUAUGUCAAUUAGUAGAAAAGUUUUAUCCUGAAGAUUUCAAUGAAACUGAGAAAAAUCUUUUGAAGAUGCAACUCCAACAUUCUGAGGCGGAUGUUAUUCAACAUGAUGAUUAUAAGCAAUUGAUAUCUAUUUCAGAAUUAUGUCAAUGGUUGAUAAAGACUAGAAGAGCAACCAAUUUUUAUUUGAUUUAUCGAGUAGUUAGUCUUAUACUCACUCUUCCGGUUUCUACUGCUACAACAGAGAGAUCAUUUUCAGCAAUGAGUCUUGUUAAAACAAGGCUACGAAAUAAAAUGGAAGAUGAAUUUUUAAACGACUCGUUGGUUUUUUACUUCGAAAGGGAGCUUGCAGAAAAUAUUACUUUAGAGACGAUUGUGCAAGACUUUAAAGACGCAAAAGAUCGACGAAUUCCACUUUAA